GUACGAACGACCUGUGUUGCUGUUGUUGUUUUUGUUGUUGUUGUUGUUGUUGUUGUUGUUGGUGCUGCUGCGGUUGUUGUUGUUGUUGAGGAUAACCGCAGACUUGCCCAAAGAUCAGUAAUAUAUCGCCGAUCUCGGUUCGGUUGCCAACGCCUCGAUUGAAUAUAAAAUAACCCAAUUUUGACGCUUCCUCCCCCAUCCUCAUCAUCUGCACUUCAUAUCUUCAUCUCUUUCAUUUCAUCCUUUUCAUACAUAACAACAACAUAUUCAUAAGCAUGCGCUUUUCGCUUUCUCUCAUCUCCACCGCUAUGUUGGCCACCAUGGCCAUGGCUGCUCCCGCCACUCCUCAGGAGAACAACAACAGUGAACUCGACGUCGCUCCCGCUCAGAAUGUUGCCCUCCAAAUGGGUGAGAAAUUCGAGCCUUUCAACUGGAUGGCCGCUGAAGGUGAAGGCAUGUCGGCCGACCGCACUUUCACCUUGAACCUUGCCGAGCCUGCUCAGCUUCAAAUCACCGACUACAAGCUUGGCGGUGACUCCUUCGAGAUCAUGGAUAACGGUGAAGUCCUUGGCAUGACCAGCGAAGCCGCUAACGACGAGGAAGCAUUCGCCGCCACCCCCGAAGAGGCUCUCCAGGAUGAGCGCUUCAGCCAUGCCGUCUUUGACUUGGCUCAGGGUGAGCACGAAAUCACUAUCAACGUUGCCAACUCUCCCUUCGCUGAUGGCACUGGUGCUGUCCGCGUUGUCCAGAAAGUCCAGGCUCUCUACGAGAAGAAGGGCGGCAAAGGCAAAGGCAAGAAGGGUGGAUGGGGAGACGAUGAUGACGAAUGGGAUGAUGACAAGGACGACGACAAGUGGGAUGACGACGAAGACUGGGAAGACGACGAUGACGAAUGGGAUGACAAGGACGACGACAAGAAGGGCGGCUGGGGCGAUGACAAGAAGGGCGGCUGGGGCGAUGACAAGAAGGGCGGCUGGGGCGAUGACAAGAAGGGCGGCUGGGGCGACGACAAGAAGGGUGGAUGGGGCGACGACAAGAAGGGCGAUUGGGAAGAUGACAAGUGGGAUGGCAAGAAGGACUGGGACAAGAAGAAGACCGUCUAUGUCUACUACACCGUACCUGGUGCCGAAAGUUCUCCCUCGACCGUGACACUUACUACGACCUCCGUUCGCCCCACGACCAAAACCGUUACCGUCACUUCUAGCAGCUUCCAGUCGCCUGUUCCUCUCGAGACCCGCUACAUCACCACCCCCACUGCCUUCGUCACUGAAGAGGCCACCGAGACAAGCUUUGUCACUGAAACCGCCACCGAAACCGAGCUCAACUUCCUUGAGCUUCCUUUCUUGACUCUUUAAAUGGUUCUUCUUUUUCCAUCACCAAAGCUCCACUCUUCUCUUACCCGUUUUAAUCACAUGAAUUGUCUAGUAUAAUCUUCUGCUUUUAUUGGUUCAAGUUUUUGUCGUUUCUUUCCCUUUUCUUCUAUACUACCAUUAGAACCUUACAUAAUAAAAUGAAUCCGUUUGCUUUAUAUAAAACCUGCUUUUAUUUCAUAUUAUAAAGUUAAUAGCAAUCUCAUAAACUUUAAUAUAUUGUUUUUAAAUUCUAUUAGAGCGACAAUGCUUCUGCAGAUACACAUCAUCUUAUGCCUUAUGGAUGCAACGUUGAGCUCAAUAUACGAAAACCUUUAAUUUCCACUACAGUACGUUUAGCAUCACAUUAUUAGAACUACUUCUUGAGUAUCACUAUGAUCAAGUAUAUAGAAGGACUUCAAAUUCCGACGGAGGAAGAGGGUUAUCGUGCCCAAAUGCUUGGUGAUAUGAAACUUCCUCUUUC